GUUACUCUAUAUAUAGAGCAACAUGUUGCUCUAUAGUCUAUAAUAUAGAUUUGAUUGGAACCCGUUUGUGAGUGGAACCCGAAUUUUUAAAAUUGCUCAGGUGUUCUGUUCAUCAAUCGCCUCCAAAAUUUGAACUUUGGGAUUUUGAAAUUCAGGGGGUGAGUCUUAUUUCUUCUAGAGUGGCGUUUAGAUUUUAAGAUUCGUUCCGCUUCAGAGGUUCUUGAGGAAGUGGGGUUUGGGUAUUUCUGGGUUUUGAAACAUGAGCCGAGGAGAUCGACUUCAAUUUGAAAACCCUAUAGAGGAUGCGGUUUCGAGGCUCAGAUUCUCACCAGAAUCAAACAAUCUCCUUGUUGCUUCUUGGGAUUCCUAUCUGAGAUUGUAUAAUGUGGAGAGCUCUUCGCUUAGUCUAGAGUUGUACUCUCAAGCUGCUCUUCUUGAUUGCUGUUUCGAGGAUGAUUCAACUUCGUUUUCCUCUGGCUCUGAUGGAUUUAUCCGAAGGUACGAUUUAAACGCCGGAACAGUUGAUACAAUUGGAAGACAUGAUGACAUUGCAACAUCCAUUGUAUACUCUUGUGAUAAAGGUGAAGUUAUAUCUACUGGCUUGGAUGAGAAGAUCAAAUUCUGGGAUACAAGACAAAGAGAAAGUCUUGUAUUUACGACUGAUGCUAGUGCAGCAGUGAGAUGCAUCACUGUAUCUGGAAACAACCUUGUUGUUUGCAUGGAUGCUUCAAUUCAUAUUUACGAUUUGCGUAACUUAGAUCAAGCUUUUCGAUCGUGUGCAUCCCAAGUGGAGGUGCCAAUCAGAUGUGUCACCUCUGUACCUUAUUCCAGAGGAUAUGCAGUUGGGUCAGUAGAUGGACAAGUAGCUGUAGAUUUCCCUGAUACAUCGUGCCCAAGUGAGACUAAAUACAGUUUCCGAUGUCACCCCAAGUGUAGAAAUGGAAGAAUUGAUGGUGUAAGCGUAAACGCUGUCGAAUUUAGCCCAUGUGGGUCAGGUACUUUUGUGACUGGGGACAAUGAAGGCUAUGUGAUCUCAUGGAAUGCUAAAAGCAGAAGAAGACUCUUUGAGUUGCCAAGGUACUCAAACAGCAUCGCAUCGUUAGCAUACAACCACACUGGAAAGCUCUUGGCUGUUGCAUCAAGCCACACUUACCAAACAGCUAACGAGAAGGAAGAAGCACCUCAAGUGUUCAUACACAGGCUUUGAGAAGAUUUGUUAGCUUCUUGAAAUCCUCAGGUCUCUCUACUAGUUGUAUCUAUAUUUUUGUUUGUUUGUUCUUUAGUAGCACGUUGUUUAGGUCGGCUAAGUUGUUCUUUAGUAGUUACUUGCUCCACAGAAUUGACUCGUUUCAACAUGUAAUGAUUGUAUCAUCAUCUCUCAAGUCUCUGUGUUUUAUGUAUAAGCAUAACCCAACUUGAUUUAGAC